CAGAGCCCAUCACGAAGAUUGAGCCGGCGAGACAUAGCUUCAAAAGUGCCAGCAAAAAAUUCAGGCGAACAAUAGACAUCUGAUCAUUCAUUAUCCUCUACCGCGAUGGCGACAGUCCUUCCCCCGCCAAGCAAGAGGCAGAGAACUGAUGCCGCAGAAAGAGCGAGGCAACAGCAGGAUAUUGAGGAGGUCCCCAGUGAUGCUGGCAGUCUGCGCAUACAGUUUUUCGACGAAACGACUGGACUAGCUAUUGGUCAGGGCCCAGUUCUUGUGCCAGUCGCAGAUGCGACCCCAAAAAACCUCGAGCUUCUUUUGAACGCUCUUCUAGCACAUGAUUCCUCAGAAACUAUUCCGUACCGCUUUACUCUCCCAGUACCUGACAAGAAGACUUCCGAGCCGAUUACAACAGCGUUUCCAGCAAACAUAUGGAAGACGCUGAUCAACCCAGGAUUGAUUAGCACAGAACAGGUGCAGAAUAUCUCUGCAGCACCGCAGGCUGUUUUCAGAGUACAGGCAGUCUCAAGAUGUGCUUCAACUAUACCGGGUCAUGGCGAAGCGAUUCUAGCGACCCAGUUCUCCCCUAGAUCCUCGUCGAGAAUGGUAUCAGGAAGUGGAGACAAUACUGCCAGGAUAUGGGAUUGCGACACUGGAACACCAGUUCAUACAUUGAAGGGGCACACUAGCUGGGUUCUAGCUGUCAGCUGGUCGCCAGAUGAGUCAAGGAUUGCGACCGGAUCCAUGGAUAAUACUGUGCGGAUGUGGGAUCCCAAGACAGGAAAACAGCUUGGGAACCCGAUGAAGGGCCAUUCGAAGUGGGUGACGAGUCUCGCAUGGGAACCAUACCAUUCCCAGAAACCAGGAGAACCUCGACUGGCAUCGGCAUCGAAAGACGCUACUGUGAGAGUCUGGGCGGCAAAUCAACAAACAAUUGAGUUGGUAUUGAGUGGGCACAAAGGGUCGGUGUCGUGUGUGAAAUGGGGUGCAACCGGAUUCAUUUAUACGGGCUCUCACGACAAGACGGUCAAGGUAUGGAAUGCUAAGGAUGGAACUCUGGCGCACUCACUAAAUGCCCAUGCCCAUUGGGUAAACCACUUGGCACUAUCAACCGACUUCGUCAUUCGCACCGCGUACCACGAUCAUACCGGAAAGAUUCCAGCUUCAGAGGAAGAAAAAGUUGCACGGGCAAAAGAGCGAUUCCUGAAAGCAGCCACAAUACAAGGCGAAGUUGUAGAGAGGCUAGUUUCUGCAAGCGAUGACUUCACGAUGUAUCUAUGGGAACCAGCAAAGGGCACCAAACCAGUAGCGAGAAUGCUAGGUCACCAGAAACAGGUCAACCACGUCACAUUUUCUCCUGACGGUUUAUUGAUUGCUUCUUCUGGAUUUGAUAACCAUACAAAACUAUGGAACGCAAGAGAUGGGAAGUUCAUUAACACCCUGAGAGGUCAUGUUGCGCCAGUCUAUCAAUGUGCGUUUAGUCCAGAUUCGAGAUUGUUAGUCACAGGAAGUAAAGACACCACACUCAAGGUCUGGGACAUGCGGACUCAAAAAUUAUCUGCAGAUCUUCCGGGUCAUCAAGACGAGGUGUAUGCAGUGGAUUGGAGUCCCGACGGGCAAAAAGUUGGAAGUGGAGGUAAGGAUAAAGCUGUUCGUAUCUGGAGACACUAGCUGCAACAAAAAGCAAGCAAAUGCAAGAUUCCUCUACAGUGACCAUGGGCAUCUAUGAUUCGAGAGUAUAAAUUGUCUCCGAGGCUUUCAGAGUAGUCUGAUUUACAUCCCACAGCGCCCUGAAUACAAAGUGUCUGGGGAGGCGACUGUAGCAUGAUAUUUCAAAUUCACCUAAGCGCCAUUUACUUGGUUAAAAUCAGAGCUCUUCCCCUCCUCUCCUGGUUUCCAAUGAGCAUUCUUCCCUUGACCACAGAGCGCACAUUCUUGCGAAUCAUCCCAGUUUGAUCAGCCUCAAG